AUGGUGAUAAAGCAAGUCCAAGGUCACUUCCGUGGACUCAUAUCAAAGUCGAGUUCUCGGACUCCCUGGAAAAUCCUGCAGGAGUUCUGGAAGUCCUUUCAGAAAUCAAACGAUCCUCCAUCUCAACCGGACGUCAAGCACCGAUGCCCUCCUGUGUCGUCCGACGCCCCAGCCAUCAACUACAAUUGCAUUUCGGCCGUUGUCGGCUGUGAUUACAUGCACGCACCGCUAGAGAGGCUCAUUGUUGUCAAUCCUGACCCGGUGUCCGAGUCGGAGAGUAUCCGCUCGCUACGACCGUUUCUCUCACCUGCCAUGAGGUCGACCUCUCAUACCCCCUCUCAUGCGUCCACACGACCAGAGUCGGAAUCUGCGGGCAGCAUACGCUCGCUACGACCAUUCAUCUCGUCUGCAAUGCGAUCAACCUCCUUUACUCAUUCUCUCACCUCGGUGCGAAGCAAUCGUCCAGAGAGUCGUCUGUCGAAUGUCGAUGCCAGACCUGUACUGUCUGAGCCGCAGGAGGGUACUGGCUCUUUCGAAUGGAGCCAGGAAAGCAUUGAUCUAUACAACUUUUGCAUGCAAAGUGGCGUCCGGGCCCAGCGCAGCCGCAACUUGCCCCCAGGCUUGUUCUAUCUACCUGACAGUUGUGGAUAG